CACAGACACACACACACACACUUGUGCAUGGGGCUCUGACGACACGCUCACACACACUCACACUCAGAAUGACACAGCUCUGAUAGGAGGGAGGUGAUCUCUGAAAUUGCUCAGUGAGCACCAAUAAUUUACCUGAUUCACAACCUCCUGUUAAUCACACCCAAUGGAAUCCAAUCAGAAGGGAAGUGGGGAUGGACUGGCGGGGAUCCAGAAAGAAGCAUCUCUUCGGGCGCUCACCCAGCAGACCGGAUACCAGCUAAAACAGGAGAAUGGUCAGCGUCGGUAUGGUGGCCCACCACCUGACUGGGAUGGGCCACCGCCUGAGCGAGGCAGUGAGAUCUUUGUGGGGAAACUCCCAAGAGAUCUGUUUGAGGAUGAACUGGUUCCGUUGUGUGAGAAGUUUGGAAAGAUCUAUGAGGUGAGGAUGAUGAUGGACUUCAACGGGAACAACAGAGGUUAUGCCUUUGUCACCUUUAGCAACAAACAGGAAGCCAGAACGGCCAUGAAGCAGCUUAACAACUACGAAAUCAGGAACGGACGGCUUCUCGGUGUCUGUGCCAGUGUGGAUAACUGCCGUUUGUUUGUCGGUGGGAUUCCUAAAACCAAGAAGCGUGACGAGAUCCUGAUGGAGAUGCGAAAGGUCACUGACGGAGUUGUGGAUGUUAUCGUGUAUCCCAGCGCUGCAGACAAAUCCAAGAACCGAGGCUUCGCCUUCGUUGAGUAUGAGAGUCACCGAGCCGCUGCCAUGGCCCGACGCAAACUCCUGCCAGGUCGGAUCCAGCUGUGGGGUCAUCCCAUCGCAGUGGACUGGGCGGAGCCUGAGGUGGAAGUUGAUGAGGAUACCAUGGCAACCGUUAAAAUUCUGUAUGUAAGGAACCUGAUGCUACAAACCACCGAAGAAACCAUCGAGAAGGAGUUUAACAGCCUGAAACCAGGUGCAGUGGAGCGAGUGAAGAAGAUCAGAGACUACGCCUUUGUACAUUUCAGUCAGAGAGAAGACGCCAUCAACACCAUGAACGCUCUCAACGGGAAGGUGGUGGACGGCUCUCCUAUUGAGGUGACUCUGGCCAAGCCGGUGGAUAAGGACAGUUAUGUUCGGUACACCAGAGGAACCGGAGGAAGAGGAGGUUCGGUUCUGCAGACUGACUACACGGCCUACACUCUGGGACAGGUGUAUGACCCCACAGCAGCAUAUCUUGGCGCUCCAGUGUUUUAUGCCCCCCAGGCCUACGCUGCAAUUCCAGGUCAGUUCCGCUUCCCGGCAGCCAAAGCUCAUGUGGGAGGUAGAGGUCUGAUCAGGACGCCAUCGGUCAGAGAAAUUUACAUGACUGUACCUGUAGGGGCUGCGGGGGUGCGAGGGCUGGGUGGGCGGGGCUACCUGGCCUACGCCGCUGGGGGUGGAGCCAUGGGACGAGGGUGUGGAGGCAGUGCCUCCUAUGGGUUGAAGGGGGACAAGCAGGCUGAGGAAAAGCUAUAUGACCUGCUGCCGGGGAUGGAGCUGACACCGAUGAACCCCGCUGCCAUGAGCCUGAAGGCCACCAGCAUCAAACCACUGACUCAGGUUCUGGAGGAGCUAUGUCAGAAGAAUAACUGGGGUCAGCCCGUCUAUCAGCUCCACUCGGCCAUAAGUCCGGACCAACGGCAGCUGUUUCUCUACAAGAUCACCAUCCCAGCUCUGGCGACGCAGUACCCCAACGUACAUCCAUUCACUCCUUCCAAACUGUGUGCAUCUGUGGAAGAAGCGAAGAUCCACGCAGCAGAGCACACCCUGCAGACACUUGGCCUGCAGACAGAAGGCGCUGCCGACGCCAGCUGUGCUACUGCAGCUGCUGUGGCCUCAGUUGCCUUCCCAGGCUACGCUCUGGCGAGCCCAGCAUCCUCGGGGGUGGCCUCCCAGUUGAAGCAAGCUAUCUCUCUGGGUCAGGACCUAACCGCCUACACCACCUAUGAGGGCUACCCUGCGUUUGCUGUGGCAACUCGUCACACUGACGGAUACGGCGUUUUCUAAAACAGCUGUUUUUUUCAAGGAAGUGAAACUGUGGAGCUGCAUUUAUACAACAAUGCUUUGUGACCUUGCAGGAAGUAAAAUCUGAUUGGCUCUUUAUUGACCACAGUUUCUAGAAACUUAAUGUAAACUGAUGUGAAUGCAGCAUUCUGCUGCUGUCCUCAGGUUAAACAGGGAGAUCAAACUCAUUUCAGUCCCAGGUUAAAACCAGAUCAUUCCCAUCCCAGAUAGCUGCCGCUGAAAACCAGAUUGGACUCAUCAGUCGCCCAGAAACGGACUCAUGAUCUGUUAUAUUGUUUCUUUCCUCCCUCUCACUUGUUUCUGCUCUGCAUUUAAUCUGAAUUAUCUGCUCUUCCACAGUUUAGUUGGUGAUACUGAAAACAGCCUCUGAUUGGCUGAUUCGCUUUUUCUGGUUAGAUGUUUACAGUAUGACUUAUCUCUAACUGAGACAUGUACUUUCUGAGUGUCCUGUACUAGUGAUUGCAGAUUGUUUUGGCCUGCUGGCUUUUCUUCAAACCUUUAAUCUCCCUCUAUUCUUCAGCUUUAAUUAAAAAAAAGUUUAAAGAGAAAAGAUACAGAAAAACAACAUUAGGCUGACAUAUCUGUAGUUUUCUUUUUAACAUCUAUAAUUAACCUUGCUUCUGACUUGUAUGUUUCAUUUCCGUAAAUAUUACAACAAAGUCUUUUUUUAUUGAAAUCUAUGUUUUCCUGUUCAGCUUUCAGAAAAAGUUCUAAAUCCAAGUAGUCCUAAAUGUAAGAAUGAGGCCUGCAUCUUCAUGACCACCUCAUUUGCAGAGGGAGGAACUUUGAGCUUAAAAUUGUAUUUAUAAAAAUAUGUACAAAGUAAAUCUUCCUGUUUUAUAGAAGUUCAUUGGAGCUUUUUAAAAGCAUAAUUUCAAUUUGUAUUAUCCUCAGUACAGCAGGUGUGAUUCUGCUAAGCGUAAAAAUGCUCAGAAACCUCAUUUGGAUGAAGUUUGCUGCUUUAUUUCUGAUAUUUUUUGGUUUUCAGUAUUCUUAUGUUCACACUGUUUUUAUUUCUUUUCUUGAGUCUGUUGCAUCAGUUAAAACUCACCUCCUAUGUGGAUCCUUACAAUCCAUGGUGUUAGCUUUUGUCAAGGUCCACAACCUUUCAUGAUAACUACAGUAAGGUUAUAGGUAAAAAAUAUGGAUGAGAUGGAUGAUAUCAUGUCAGGCUCAAACAAUGCUGCAGGAAAUCCUGAUUGGUCUUUGGACCAACGUGGCCGUUGACAGCAGGAGUAAUGCCUGGUUUAACAUUUGCUUCUUCUGUUUGACUAAGGGUUUGUUGAGAUUUCAGAACAGAUGACAUAUGUUGGCAUCCGAGCUGUGAACAUGCCGAAGCAGAGACAGUAUUAAAGUGUGUGAAGCACUUAGAACUUAUUUUUGUACCUGAAAUCAGAUAAAAUAUCCAGACAUAUUUGUACAGAGGUAUUUUAACUUGUCUUUGCUGCCAUAAUUGACUUGGAUAGAAAAAUAUGCGAUGCUGAAUCAGAACCAAUCUGUGAUGAAAGAAAAAUAUUGUGGGCAUUCUAUCAAAAUGUUGCAAAUUAUGGUCUUUUAUUAUUUCUAAUCUGAAUUAAUGAAAUAAACAAUUAACAAACAA